CCGGCCCCCAGCCUGGCCGCGGAGACGCAGGGCCAUGGCGCGGGUGCUGAUCGUGGGCGCCGGGCUCACAGGAAGCCUGUGCGCUGCGCUGCUGAGGAAGGAGACGUACGGCCCUCUGCACCUCUCUGUGUGGGACAAGGCUGAGGACUCAGGGGGAAGAAUGACUACCGCCAGCAACCCUCAGAAUCCACAGAGCACCGUCGACUUGGGUGCGCAGUAUAUCACCUGUACUCCUCAUUAUGCCAAAAAACACCAAAGUUUUUAUGAUGAACUGAUAACUCAUGGCAUUUUGAAGCCUCUGGCCUCUCCUAUUGAAGGAAUGGUGAUAAAAGAAGGAAAUUGUAACUUUGUGGCACCUCAAGGAGUUUCUUCAAUUACUAAGCAGUACUUGAAAGAAUCAGGUGCUGAUGUCUGUUUCAGACGAUGUGUGACCCAAAUCAACCUGAGAAAUGACAAGUGGGAAGUCUCCAAGGAAACAGGCUCCCCUGAGCACUUUGAUAUUGUUAUCCUCACGAUGCCAGUUCCUCAAAUUCUCCAGCUUCAAGGUGACAUCGUGAAUGUAAUUAGCGAAUGCCAAAGGCAGCAACUGGAGUCUGUGAGCUACUCCUCUCGCUACGCUCUGGGCCUCUUUUAUGAAGCUGGCACGAAGAUUGAUGUCCCUUGGGCUGGGCAGUACAUCACCAGUAAUCCCUGCGUACGCUUCAUCUCCAAUGAUAAUAAGAAACGCAAUAUAGAGUCAUCAGAAAUCGGGCCUUCCCUUGUGAUCCACACCACUGUCCCAUUUGGAGUUACAUACUUGGAACACAGCACUGACGAUGUGCAGGAGUUAAUCUUCCAACAGCUGGAAAAUAUUUUGCCAGGUUUGCCUCAGCCCAUUGCCACCAAAUGCCAGAAAUGGAGACAUUCCCAGGUUACAAAUGCUGCUGCCAACCACCCUGGCCACAUGACUCUUCAUCUCAAACCUUUCCUUGUGUGUGGAGGGGAUGGAUUUACCCAGUCCAGCUUUGAUGGCUGUAUCACUUCUGCCCUGUGUGUUCUAGAUGCUUUAAAGAAUCAUAUUUAGUACCUUUAUCUUUAUUCUCUACAUACACUUUGGGUUUUUGUUGCCACAAUUUUCUGUUAUUGAUUAUUUUGUUUUCUGUUAGUUUGAGAGUAAUUACUGGGAAAUUUUUUUAUCACUUAUUAUCAUGUUUCAUACAGGGUAUAAAAUCAAUUUUAUGAUUUUGGUUGUAACCACCCAUGCUAGAAUGAAACUUCCUUGUACUUUACACUUUUCACUGCUUUUUUGCACUGCCAUGAACUACUUGUUGGAGGAAGAGUAGUGCUUAAGAAUAACAAAUGACCCUUCCCCCCAGAUUACAUCAAAUCAAAGUAACAGUUCAUGUUCCAGAACCUUUAUUAUUCUUUUGAAAAAUUCAGUUCCAAAUACACAAUAAUCAUUAUCAAAGCCUUGUUUUUCAUCUUCAGCUAUGUCCUCCAUUCAGUAUUUUUGCAAAUUGCCAAACUACAAGACUUCUCAAACUGUGGGUAGCAAAGUAUAAUUUUUGUUUCUCAUUUCUCUUCCAAGUUAUUAAAUGACUCUGAAUUGCAGGUUGUAUUUGUCAUCAUCUUUAUGAUCAUAGUUUGAAAGGCAACUUGACUGACAGAGAACCCCCUCUUCAAAUUAUCAGAAAAUAACGAGAUUCAACUUGACUUUCCAAGUUGUACAAUACUUUUCACCUUUAAAAAAUUCAAACUUAAUAUGAAAGAUACAAAUUAAAUGGAAACUGAGAGAAAAUAUAUCGAUCUUUACCUUUUGCUAUCUCCUAUGGCAUGUGCUGUUAUCUUCAUGAGCUUUCCAGUAUAUGCUGUGGCAUUCAGACUAUGUCAAGUUUAAUGAAUUUAGUACCAAAAAAAUUGGGCUGAACCAGAAAAUAAAUGCACUUAAAAUAGUUUAAUAUUUGCAACCUAAUGGUUCACCAUAUCACCCACGUGCUUCAGUGACAACCUCAUGACUUGCUUUCUGAAAAGAAAUUGAUUGCCAGCCUCCCAAACAACCUACCUGUUGCUAAUUUGGAAAGCAAAAAUGGUAAGUUCUGUUUUAUCAUUUUAAAGGGAAAGAAAUUAUUGCAGCCUCUCAAACUAAGAAAAGCUCAACUAAAGACUUCUUAUCUUGGUAAUAUUUAAAGUCUUAGGCUUAAAUGCUCAUUUAUUACAUAUAACAUGCAUAAGCCUGGAAAGAAUUUGCUUAUGUAUCUACAAAGUGGGUUUUGUGAUCCUGUGGAAUGUUGUUAUAUGUGUCCCUUUAGCAAUCAACUGAUGGAAAACUGAAAUGCCUACAUGUGGUCAGUGUCAAUCACUUAUUUUUGAAAUAAAAAAAGGAAAAGGGAAAUUAAUGUGACCUCUGGUAUGAUAUAUGAAAAAUAUUAUUUCUUUCACCAUUUUGGCCCAUAUUUGCAUUUCUCUUUAUUUUGGUGUUGCCCUUAAAAUAUGGUAGAAAAUACAUUCAAAUGUAUUAACUAUUUUGUUUUUGACUAAUAAAAUAUUAGAACAAUUUGACUGAAAGCAUCCUGAAGCUUUAAGAAUGAUGUUAUAUAUGUCUCAUGAAUGGAUAUUCCCCGAAGAAGACAGUAAAAAAAUGAUUUAUAAAGGUGGGAUGGAUCCCCUAGAGAAAGUAUUCUUCUAAGCUAUCACUGAUGAUUUUUAAUAUCUAUUCAUUCUAAGUAUGUUUCCCUAAUAAUCUGCAUCUGGUUUGAGAAGACUCUGGCAAUAUGAGAAAAGACUCAGCCUUGCUUAGUGUGUAUAUCAUUGUUACUUUGCUAUGUUCAUCAUUUUGAAAACUCAUUUUACAUUUAGAUCCAUCUCAGAUAAGAACAGACCAAUUCCCUAAUGGUCAAAUAAAGAAAGAAAAUGUAUCAAA